AAAAGUUAUCUUAUGACUUAUUUAGGUCUGCAGGUCAAGAGUAGCAAAAAGUUUAAAUACUUUGAUAGGCAAAAUAUACAGUUAGACUUAGAACUGUAGAUGGCUCAUUGUUAUGUCUGAAUGUGGCAAAAUUGCACAUUAAAAUCAUGUCUCCAUCAACGUUUGUUGCAAUUCUUCUAGGAGUAUGGUCCACAUUUCAUCUUGCUCACAACUUUCUAUUGAAUAGUUCAUCGUUUGGUCAUCAUGUGUCUUCUUUUUUAAUCAACUAUAAUGUCUCAAUAUCAUUAUUUCACAUUCGCUGGUUCACUGCUGGGUGGAAUCGCUUUUUUAUAAAAAUUGGCAGAAUGUGUACCUCUAAACUCAAACUGUGGUUUGAUGCAGGUGUUUUUCUUGCUGUAUUGACAAUGUUCGUUGGCACAAUUUUGCUAUGCCAUACUCUUUAUGUGACAAUUUUGCAGAUUUUUUUUAAGCCAGAAAAACCUGUUCCAGAUCAACAGGUUCUCUCGGUUAUUGUUCCUGGCAUAAACAUGCCAAUACAUGAUAUAUGGUAUUUGUUGUCUUCUAUUUUUUUGAGCGGAAUAUUGCAUGAAUUUGGACAUGCCAUUGCUGCCGCUCGUGAAGGUAUUCAAAUCAAUGGCUUUGGUAUAUUUGCUUUCUUGAUCUAUCCUGGUGCAUUUGUUGAUCUAAAUUCAGAUGAUAUGAGCAGGAAGAGUCCACUUUGUCAACUGCGUGUAUAUUGCGCAGGAGUAUGGCAUAAUUUUGUGAUUUGUGUGGCAGCAUGUGGACUAAUAGUGGUUUUACCUGGACUGCUAUUCCCAUUUUAUACGUCUAAACCUGAUGGAGUUCUCGUCACCCACCAAAUGCCAGAAUCACCAUUGCAAGGUAGCAUGGGAUUAAGAGCAGGAGAUCAUGUUUUGAUGAUUGAUUCCUGUAAAAUAUCAAACAAAACUGAUUGGUUUAAAUGCAUUAACAAAACCAAGAAGUCUGCACAAUGGGGUUCUUGUGUUUCAAAGAAAAAGAUAGAUAGUGUCUCAUCACACACAGUUUUCACUGUGAAUAAUCCAAAUAUUCAAAGUUCUACCUCUCAUCGUCAUUAUUGGAUGGAUUGCUGUGAUAUACAUGCUCCGCAGACACAUCUGUGUUAUAAAUACACAACUAUUCAAAGCAAUAAUACGAUGUAUGCUUGUUUGCCUGGGCGUGUUAUGAUAUCUACUCUGGAAGAUUGCGUUUCAACAAAAGAUUGCCACAUCAACAAAGAUGAAGAUCAAGAUGAUAUUGUUUGUGCAAAGGCUCAUACAGAACCAGGUGUGAAGUUCAUUCGUAUAACCACUUUGCGUCAAGGUUUGGACAAGCAUAAUGUGCUUUAUAUUGGAGAUCCUGUUGAUAUUGUACGUUCAGUUACUGUAUCAGACCUGUUUCCAAGAUACACGGUAAUUCCUCCAAAGCUUCCUUCAAUCAUACUGAGGUUUUUGCAAUAUAUGUUCUCCAUGUCUGGUGCACUUGCGUUGCUAAAUAUAGUUCCAUGCUAUGCACUUGAUGGCCAAUGGGCAUUCAGGGCUUUUCUGAACUACUUUGCAUCUGAUGAGAAAUUAUCACAAGUUAAAAAAGAGAUGAUAUGUCAAUUGGUACUUCUGGCGGGAACAUCAUUGUUAGCUGCUAACAUAUUUUUUGGAUUUGUGCAUUUGUUUACCAGAUGAUACCUGGUCAAACUACUUUUUUACAACCUUUUCAUUUAUUUUGUAGUAAACUCUUGAAACUUCA